ACGCACACACCCACACACACACACACACACACAUGCACAUCGUCAAUGAAAUCUCACUAACACCCACAAGUGUAAUACACAAACACACACACAUCCCUCUCCCCUAUCUUUCUCUCCCUCUUUCUUUUAUUCUCUCUCUUUCUCCUCUCACUUUUCCCCCUCUCUCUUUCACUAUCUCUAUAUCUCUCCCCUUCUCUCCCUCCCCCUAUAAUUAGUCAGUGGUGUCUCACUACCUGGCUGGUUAGUCGGCUGGUCGUUUCGUUCAUUAAUUGUCGGGCUGGUUGGCAAGUUGACAGUUCGGUCGUUCUCUUAAUUUGUUCAUUUUUUUUUCUUCUCCCAUUUUACAUUUUCCCCUUUUUUUUUCUUUUUAUCAUAUUAUUAUUAUUUUAUUAUUACGUCCACCGAAUUUUAUCAACUUCGACACCCACAGAGCACAGCAAAACGUACCAUGACUGCUAAAGAUGUCACAUGAAACAACAGCCUCUCAUAGAGCUGUCUUGACCAAUUGUUCAAUACAUUUUGUGGUGUCUGAGUGGACUAUACAACUGGCCAGCAUAUUGGAGGUGUCCAGUUGGGUUUACAUAACCACACAGUACAUUACCAGUGACCAACAAGUUUAACCACACAAGUGGUCAAUAUAUUUACGUUGACCAAGUGAGGGUGACUGCGCAGCUAUUGGAUAUAUUUACAGGCAGGUGAUGUGACCACACAACUGGAUAAUAUUUUACAUUGACCAAGUGGUGACCACACGAUAAGAGGAUAUAUUUAUAGUGAUCAAGAGGUGUAAUCACACAACUGGACAAUAUAUUUACUGUGUCCAAGCAAUUUGCCCACACAACUUCAGGAUAUAUUUAUAGUGACCAGGUGGUAUGUCCACACAACUGGACGAUAUACAUUGACCAAGUGGUGACCACACAACCAUAGAGUAUAUUUAUCAGCCAUUGACCAAGCAGUGUGACCGCACAACUAUACAAUAUAUUGACAGUGUCCGAACAAUUUGACCACACAACUACAGGAUAUAUUUACAGUGUCCAGGUGGUGUGUCCACACAACAGGACAAUAGUAUAAAUUGACCAAGUGGUGACCACAUGACCACAGAGUAUAUUUAUUGACCUUUGAUCAAUCAGUGUGGUCACAGUCUCUAAUUGGCAUUGCACUGCACAACUGGUCAAUACCUUCACAGUAACGAACAGGCUCAACACGAUAAAACCGAUCAUCGUGUCUCCAGGUUCUUCUUUCUAUUACAUCAUCCCGAGUUCAAUUCCUGUUCACAGUCCCUGCCCCUUGAUACUAUAAAAUUUCGUUUAUAUGCUGUGCAGCUCGUAUUUUCUCUGUCUGUCUGUCUGUGCGUCGCCGUUUCUUCUCUGUUGCUUCUGAAAAACCAUGUCCCAGACUCAUACCAGGGUUUCGUUGGCUUACCAGGAUUUAUCGGAGCUCCCUAUGGAAUUCAUGCUGAAAUACGGAGACUGGCUGGAUGAGCUCGAUUUGACGUACAACCGUAUUUCUGAUCUCCGAUUCCUCUCCCACUUCCCGCUCUUGUCCACUCUCAUUCUUGACCACAACACGAUCCGCUCACACAUAAAACUACCUGUCAUGUCCGAUCUACACACACUCUGGUUGAAUCACAACAAGGUUGAAAAUUUAGGUGUGUUCAUAUAUUCCAUCGCCAAAAGUUGUCCAAAGCUGAAAUACCUGAGUUUGAUGAACAACGAUGCAGCACCGAGUUAUUUCAAUGGCGGCACAUACCAGCAAUAUGUAGAUUACAGACAAUAUGUCAUCAGCCAGAUUCCAACUUUAGAGAUUCUUGAUGACAAAUGCAUCACCGAUGAAGAACGUGGGGAAGCGGAGAAAAUAUACCAAAGAGCUAUUCUUCAGAGCAACCGGCGAGCUAAGAGGGUACUCAUCGUCAGGCUGUUCAGGACACGCUACCGGUACGACUCGUGGAAGUCGAAGACGAGACCGAGACCGAAGAGAUGAGACGAUCCUCUUGCUGCAUCAUAUCGCGUGACGCCAACGCCACUGCCAACGCUGCGCUAGCUUUGCUUCGACAGAAACAGACUGAUCCUGUUGCAAUUACCACCGCUACUGCUGCUGCUGCUACUACUACCACUGCUGCUGUUGCUGCCGCUACAACUGCGACCUCCAUUAUUGAUGCUACUGCCAUCGUCGCUACCGCCACCACCACCACCACCAUCAACAUCAUCAUCAUAGUUGUUAUCGUCAGUUUGAGAACUGAUGUCAUCACCUCCGCUGCCGCUGCUACCUGCUUCUGCUACUGCUGUUGAUCUGAUUGAUGCUGCUGUGAAUGCUGUUGUUACAAUCAUUUUAUAUCCUGUUUUCAAUUCAUUUGUACACACACACACACACACACACACACACACACACACACACACACACACACACACACACACACACACACACAUACAUAUAUGUAUGUAUGUGUGUAUCUAUCUAUCUAUCUAUUUACACUUGGCGUAUUUUAUAAAUAUGCCUGCUCAAGUACCAUGCUAGCAUGAAACUAUUAAUAACUCUUUUGGUUGUAUAUUUAAUUUCAUCAUCAUCAUCAUCAUCAUCAUCAUCAUCAUCAUCGUCGUUGUUGUUUAACGUCCACUUUCCAUACUGGCAUGGGUUGGAUGGUUUCACUGAGGGCUGCUGGUGAGCCAGAAUGCUGCACCAGACUCCAAUCUGAUUUGGCAAAGUUUUUACAGCUGGAUGCCCUUCCUAACGCCAACCACUACAAGAGUGUAGUGGGUGCUUUUACGCGACACCAGUCAGGUGAUUCUGGCAAUGACCAUGCUCAAAAGGUGUUUUUUACGUGCUACCUGCACGGGAGUUAGUCCAGCGGCACUGACAACAACUACGCUCGAAUGUUGUUUUUCACAUGCCACCGGCACAUGUGCCAGUAGGGCGACUCUGGCAGCGAUCACACUCGAAUGGUGCUUUUGAUAUGCCACUGACAUGGGAGCCAAUCCGUAGCCCUGGCAACAAUCACGCUCGGAUGUGCUUUUAACAUUCCACUGGCACGAGUGCCAAUUAGGCGGCACUGUCAUCGGCCACAUCAGCGAUUUUGAUUUGUUUUCACUUGCCUCAGUAGGUCUUUGCAAGCAAAGUUCAUUGUCUAAUGAAUGAGGGGUACUCAUAAGUGGACCAAUACAUGUGCAGGUGCCACUUAAAACAUAUCCAGUCCACUCUGCUGAGUGGUUGGUGUUCAGGAGGGCAUCCAGCUGUAAAAAUCCUGCCAAAACAGUCACAGAAGUCUGGUGCAGGCUUCUGUCUGGCCGGUUCUUGUCAAACCAUCCCAGCCAUACCUGCAUGAAAGGUGGACGUUAAACGAUGAUGAAGAUAUAUAUUGAUGUAUAUAUGUUGUGUGCGUGUGUAACAUGUAAUCACGAUAAUAUUUUCAUAUUUUUCCAUGCCCUGUACAUGGAUGUGUAAAUAUACAACACAAGUGUGUGUUUGUGUGUGUAUAUCUGAGUGUGACUCUGUGUGUGUGUGUGUGUGUUUGUUCGUGUACAUAUGUGUGUGAUGUUAAAAUAAUUGUACAUUCCCGUCAUUGUUUUUAAUUUGGUGUGUAUCUCUCCAGAUUUUAAUUGCUGCUGUAAUGAGCAUUGCAGAAUGUGAAGGUGGCUGUGUGGUGAGAAGCUUGCUCAUCAACCACAUGGUUUCAGGUUCAGUCCCACUGUGUGGCACCUUGGGCAAGUGUCGUUUUCUAUAGCCUUGGACUGACCAAAGCCUUGUGAGUAGAUUUGGUAGAAGGAAACUUAAAGAAGCCCAUCACAUAUAUAUAUAUAUAUAUAUAUGUAUAUAUUUAUGUGUGUUUCUAUGUUUGUCCCCCCACCAUCUCUUGACAACUGAUGCUGAUGUGUUUGUGUACCUGUAACUUAGCAAUUCAGCAAAAGUGACCGAUGCAAUAAUAAGUUUACAUAAAAUAAGUCUGGGGUCAAUUUCUUUGAUUAAAACCCUUUAAAGUGGUGCUCCAGCAGAUAUCAAAUUCUCUAUGUAAAAUUCCAAGGCUGGUUCCUUCAAAUGGUGCAUUUUUGGUAAAAUUCUUUUAUCUCCCCUCCGAUGUUACAAUUUAUUUCUCACUACUCAGAGUGUAAAGUAAAAUAUUGAUAAUAAGGAGAACAAGGAAUUUGAACAUUCAAACUUUAAGUUUAUUUACAGUCAUACAACGAACUAUAAUCACUGGUGCAAUUCAGAUAUAUAAAUCCAUAUAUACAAUAUAUAUACAUGCAUAUAUAUGAUACAUACAAUAUACAAUAUAUACACACAUAUAUUAUGUAUAUGUAUGUGUGUGCACGUGUGUGUGUAUUUCUCAUUUAGUGUAGAGGAAUGUUAUGUAAAUAUACUUUAUAUGAUGUUUUUGUUGUGUUUAAUAAACGUUGUUGUUAUUGUUA